GGCACGCUGCAGUCGGCGGAGAUUUUAAGAGGUCCAUUUUUCCUCUUCUGGGGCUCAUUCCUCCCGUUCCCCUUCCUUCUCUGCCUUCUCUCGGACGCAUUCAGCCAUUUGAAGGGGCACCUAUAUUUCCCAGCAUCUCGAAACAUAUAGGCAAAUGGAGCAAACCUAUGGAGAGGUGAACCAGUUAGGCGGCGUGUUCGUCAAUGGCAGACCCCUGCCCAACGCCAUACGGUUAAGAAUAGUGGAGCUGGCUCAGCUCGGGAUCAGACCCUGCGAUAUAAGCCGACAGCUCCGGGUCUCCCACGGCUGCGUGAGCAAGAUUUUGGCGAGGUACAACGAGACGGGCUCCAUCUUACCCGGUGCAAUCGGAGGGAGCAAACCACGGGUCACGACGCCUAACGUGGUGAAAAAUAUCAGGGAAUACAAACAAAACGACCCCGGGAUCUUUGCCUGGGAGAUCCGGGACAGGCUUUUAGCAGAUGGAGUUUGUGACAAGUACAAUGUCCCAUCGGUUAGUUCGAUCAGCAGGAUUUUACGCAACAAGAUUGGAAAUCUCUCCCAGCCCAACCAAUAUGAGAGCAGUAAGCAAGCCUCCGUGCAGGCCGGGCUCUCGUACAAUCACAUAUAUCCUUAUUCCUACUCCAACACCAUGUCGCCCACUGGCACUAAAAUGGCCAGCCCUCCUGGAGUACCGGUGACGGCUGGACAUGUGAGCAUAUCCAGGGCCUGGCCUUCUGCACACACCGUCAGCAACAUCCUCGGUAUACGAGCCUUCAUGGAUCCUGCAGCCAUUGCUGGGACGGAGGGGUACCCACCAAAAAUGGAGGACUGGAGUAGCGUCAACAGAGCAGCUUUCCCCGCGGCUCACACGGUCAACGGGAUUGACAAAUCAGCCAUUGACGCCGACAUAAAAUAUGGACAGCCAUCCUCGACACUGUCCAGUUAUGUCUCGGCGUGCGCUUACUCCCCCACCAACCAGUACGGAGUGUACAGCGGGCCAGCAGGCGGCUACGUGGCCCCAGGGCACCACCACUGGCAGCCGCAGAGCCCGGCCCUGUCCCACCCAGGCGGCGGGAUGAGCAUGCAUGCAGGGGAGAUCCACUCGCCGAUGGCCUUCAAGCAUCAGGCCCGAGAAGGAGAGAGAAAACCGCCCAGUCCCCUGAGCAAGCAGCAGCAGCAGCAGCAGCAACAUGAAGACUUGAACAGUGUGCAUGGACUCAGUCUCCCUACCUCAUCAUCAUAACCGGGACUUAUACCACCUUAAUUACCAGACCCAUUUAACUGAACUCAUUUCAACAACUCCAACAGUAAGUCUGAACGGCUUGUUUCCCCGAGUGUUUGCAGCUUACAGUCAAACACAGGCCUAUUCACAUGCAUAAUGAAUACAGUAUAGCUAUAUCGGUCUUUAUGGCCAUAUGAAUGUAAGCUUGCAUGGAUGUAUCGGUGUUUCCCCUCAUUGGUUGAUAGUUUGUUUUUUUUCCUCCAUUCUUUGAAAUACUCUGUCAUGGGGACAGCGGGAUUAAAAAAAACAUUUUUUUUUUUGCCAGUCCAGUCUGUCAGUGAUAAGUCUUACCUACCAUAUAUCAUAUUAUCCUAAUUUGUGGCCAAGAUCUCGAUUCUACAGUGACUCAACGAUGUGAACAAAGAGAUAGGCUAGGCCUAAAUUGUCUAAAUGUAAAAUAUUU